AUGAAUAAGGGCGAAUCAUAUGUGAUCAUUGUUCUUCUAUUCUUAUAUAUUCUCUGGAUCCAAGCGGAAAAAAAUGCCACUAUUGAAACAAUAGCCAUAGCUAAACCACAUCCAAAAGUCUGUGGUGAUGUACGCAUUACAUUAUUUGAAUUACGCCGUGGUCUUGAUACUCAAGCUUUGAGUGCCUGUGAAAUUAUUCUUGGUUCGAUGACAUAUGCACCUAUGCAUUCCUUGACAAAUGCCAAUACGACGACAGCAAUAACUCAAAUACGCUUUCCAUAUCUUCGUGAAGUUUAUGGAUAUAUACUCUUGGGUUAUUCAUCCAUGCGCUCAUUCUCGACAAUGUUUCCACGCUUGUCAAUUAUUCAUGGACGAGAAUUGUAUCAUAGUUAUUCAUUAAUAAUUAUGGAUAAUUUUCUCUUAGAUGACUUGGGUUUAAUAUCUUUAAUAAGUGUACGUCGUGGAAGUAUAAUCCUUGCUCGAAAUGCACAGUUAUGUUACACAACAUCAAUACGGUGGAAUGAUAUUAUGGAAAGUAAAGCAUCACAAGUGAUCUCAAGACAAAAUCGUGAUAACUGUGCUUUCUGUCCAACAUGUCCGUCUGCAUGUUGGUCACCCUCACGAUGUCAACAACGAUGUCCCAUUCAGUGCAAAGGAAAUUGCUUGUCAGAAGACACAUGUUGUCCAGCAGAUUGUGUUGGAGGAUGUUAUUAUGGUAAUACGACAAAUACUACAAGUUUAGUUUGUAAUGCUUGUAGAAGUAUGAGAAUUUACGCAACAGGAAAAUGCGUACAGCAAUGUCCGUCAAAUAUGUUAAAGACUGGCGGUUCUUUGUGCAUCACUCGUCAAGAAUGUAUAUCGUUUUUCAUGGGUUCUGGUUUUAUCCUAGAUGAAGUGAACGAAUGCGUUUACGCAUGUCCAUCCGGCUUUAAACAUGAAACAGGAUCACGAUGCGUUCGUUGUAUAUCAUCGCCGGAAAAUGGUUACUGUAAUGGAGCUUGCAAGGAGAAACAUCUUCGAUCCAUAGCGGAUUUUCAAUCAUUGAAAUACUGUUCUCGUGUUCAUACGUUGAAUAUCUACAAUAUUGCAACAGUUGACGCACGCGGAACUCAUUUUAAUGAAGCUUUUACGGCAUUUGAUGGUCUCGAACAGAUCGAUCAUGAAUUUACAAUUCACAAUGUCAAAGUAUUUUCCACCUUGAAUAUGUUCUCUCGACUGCAACGCAUUGGCAUAACGGCGAAUGCAACAAUCACCAUCGAAGAAAAUGAAUUUCUCACAGAACUUUGGCCAAUCGGUCAGCCACCACCUAUUGUCCAAGGAAGCAUAAAUAUCGUGCGUAACGCACGCUUAUGCUUGAAACAUAUCACCGAUUUCAUUGAACUCACAACUUCUCGUGACAAAGAACUUCAAGUCUCACAGGAUACAUACAAUGGAUACGCAAACGGAUAUUUGGCAUCGUGUGAAUCGAAUUCGUUGCGAAUAUCUGUCGACAAGAUACGCUCGUUGACUGCUCGAGUGAUGGUAUCCGUGCCUAAGGAACUAUUUUUUCGCUCGAGUGGAAAAGCCGAACACUUACGUCGACCAUUUCUAUCCGUUUAUUACAAACCAACGAAAACGAAAAACGAAACACAUUUCGACGCUACACAAUCGCAUAAAUGGUUCAGAUUGGUCGAAAAAGUCAGCCAUAAUCUAGCGUCUACCGGUGGAACACUACCAUUAUACGCCGAUUUAACAUCGUUGAACGGUGAUGAAUGGUAUGCUGUCUAUGCAUCAAUAACUUCGAAUGUGAACACCAUCGGUUUGUUCUCUCCGAUCAUUUAUUUUCCGACAUUACCACGACAGCCAGAACCAGUUGUUAAUUUACGUGGGGAGUCAUUGCUGCAAUCAGCCAUCGAGCUGACUUGGCAACCGCCGUCGAAAUCUCACGGUAUAAUAGCAACGUAUCUUGUCUAUUAUGCACCGAUUGAAGAUCGGUUACCUGUUGAUAAUUGGAAAUUACUCUGUUUGAUGAAAGAUCGUUGGCUGUCAGAAGUAACUGUUGGACGAAAUGAUCUGAAUAUCACUCAAUCGACACGUUGUCCACGUCCGAAAUCUCGACAGAAUAGCAUUAUUUCCAAUAGUGACGAUGAAAAUGAAGAAGAUGCCACAGGAAAUCAAGAUAUCGAUCAAGUUGUCACUGAUUUAUCCAUACUUGAAUAUGAAUUGAUCAAUUCUGUCAGUCAACGAAAAGAAGCUUUGUUUAUUCGUCCCGAACUGAAAGACACCAUUAUCAAUGAUUUAGACAUUUAUUUUGAAGACAAGAGCAGUGCACUUCGUGAACAAUCGAAAUCGGAUUCGCGUGAAAAACCUGUUGUCGAACAUAAACCAUAUAUAAAUAAUUACAACCGUUCAGUAUCGACUACGCGAGCAAUUAUUGAUGGACUGAAAGAAGCACAGUUAUACAUGUUCCAAGUCUAUGCAUGUCAUGAUCUAUCAAAUCAGUCCUUAUCCGAUGCAUGCAGUCUCAAUGGAAUUACUUUGACGGUUCGAACGAAGCCGGGUGAUCCAUCACGUGAUAUUGUGCGAAACGUGAAAUUGAUUACACUGCCGGAAGAUCCAAAUCGAUUAUCAUCGAACACGAAAUCCUUCAAUUAUCAUAUAUCGUGGUCAAAGCCGCUGAAACCAAAUGGCUUGAUUUAUUUUUACGUCGUUUCAGUUGGACAAGAUAGUACCAAUGGACCGAAAGAAGAUCGAUGUGUUGGACAUAAUACGAAUUCUAUUAACAUUACUCUUUUACCUCGAACUGCCUAUCGACUACGAAUUAUAACUUAUACAAUUGCUAGAAUAGAUAAUGAAUAUAAAGAUCGACAAUUGAUUAACGAUGAACAGUACUCAGAAAAUUCGACGAGUCUAUAUUUUCAAUUGAGAUUCAUGACAGAAGAUUUACCAAGUAACAUGUUAAGUCGACAAAAUCGUAUGAUAUUGACCGUAUUAGUCACUGGCUCGAUUUUACUUCUACUAAUUAUUAUUAUUGGCGCACCGUUUUAUUACUAUAGAUAUGGCCGAGGAGAUAAUAAAGCAUCGAUUUCGAAAAAUCCCAACUAUGAAUUAUAUACGCCAGAUCAAUGGGAAAUUGAUAAAGAUUCUGUUACAUUAGAUAAACUUAUCGGACAAGGUCAUUUCGGUCAAGUUUAUCAAGGUAUUCUCAGAUUACAAAAUGGAACAGUAACUGCAUGUGCUGUCAAAGUUCGGACAACACAUCCAACAGAUUUAUUACAAGAAGCAUCCAUAAUGAAACAAUUUCAAUGUUAUCACGUAAUACAACUGUAUGGAAUAUGUUCACGUAUUCGACCACCGUAUGUGGUCAUGGAACUGAUGGAAAACGGAGAUUUGAAAAACUAUUUAUAUCGACAUCGACCUAACGAAGCUAAUCCAAAUAGCUCAACACUGUCUGAGUCCGCAAUGAUUCAACUAGCUUUGGAUGUAGCCGACGGAAUGUACUAUCUAUCAGAUCAGAAAUUUGUGCAUCGAGAUCUAGCGGCCAGAAAUUGUCUGGUGAAUGGAAAUCACACAUGUAAAGUUGGAGAUUUUGGCUUGACUCGUGACAUAUACGAAACAGAUUAUUACCGACGGGGUGGUCGAAGUUUCCUUCCCAUUCGAUGGAUGGCGCCAGAAAGUUUACGAGAUGGACGAUUCGACACCGUUUCCGACGUUUGGUCAUUUGGUGUUCUUCUAUGGGAAAUUGCCACUUUAGCUGAACAACCCUAUCAGGGUUAUGGCAAUGAAGAAGUUGUACAUUAUGUUCGUUAUGGAAAUAUAACACUUGAACGUCCGUUAAAUUGUCCUGAAAUUUUACAUAAACUGAUGCGUGCUUGUUGGACGUUUUCACCCGGUGAUCGAAUAUCUUUUCGAUCCAUUGUCGAUGAAUUAGUGGCUUAUGAAAACGAAGACUUUCAUUUACAUGCAUACUAUCAUACGCAGUCAAAUUCCAAUCCACAGCAUGUAUUAAACGACACCAAUCACAACGACGAGGAAGAUCUAUUAUUAGUAGAUGAUGAUGACGGUGGACAUCAUUAG